CUGAUGAUGGUGAUGGGAGGGAUGGUGUGACCUUCCUGUGUGGAAUCCCGGGAUACAGAGGACGGGGACAUCUCUCUGGUGGGUUCCCAUGACUGGAUCCAUCUAGAUCCUUGUGUCCUUCUAAAUACUCCCACUCCUCCAUGGAGAAAUAGACAGUGACACCCUGACACCUUAUAGGAACCUGACACACACAAUGAUACAGUCACCAUCCAGACACAUCCCUUGUCUGUUACUGGAGAAUGUCCCAGAAUUCCCGGCACCGCUCACCUCUCCUGUCAGCAGCUCCAUCAUCUUCUUGGUGUCAUGUGACCUCCCAGAAUCCUCCUCACCUCUCCGGUCA